UUAAACCCUGAACCCUAGCCUCGCACGCCAAACCAAUUAACUGAAGAAAAAAAUGUUGUCUUUACUGAUUAAAACCUCACGCAGUUCAUCAAUACAGCUUUGCCGUAACCGCACCACUCUCAAACUCUACCCAUUCACCUCCAUUUUCUCUUCUCUCUUGUCUGAAUCCGCCAAUCCUCCCAAUCCCACUCCAAAGACCCCAAUCUUCAACUUUAAUUGCAGUUUUCCAAGCAAGAAAAACGAUGGGUUCUCUUCAUUUUCUCACGAUAAAUUGAAUUUUCUAUCUGGGUCUUUCUCUGGUGGGGAUGUUCGGUUCUUGAGUUCACAGGCUGGGGCUGCCGUGGAGGAGCCUUCCACUAGCGAUGGGCUUACAGUGGAGGGCAUUAUUGGAAAUAAUUGGUGUAUUCUUGAUGAGAGCGAGAGUGAUUGGAAGAGCCAUGCCUCUUCCAUUGCUCAGUCCAUUCAGCUUAUCAAGAAACGCCUUAAGUGGAAAAAGCUGAUUGAUAGGCUUGAGGUACUAUCAGCAGAGCUCAACAAGCCAGAUAUUUGGGAUGAUGCUGUUCGAGCAGGAAAUUUAAGCAGGGAGCAUGGUUCUCUAACAGGUAAAAUGGAGGAGGUCAAGGCAUUUGAGCAAGAAUUGCUUGAACAUAUUGACAUGAUUAAGCUUGCUCAGGAAGAGAACGACAAAGAUUUGGAAUUGGAAUCGCUUAAAGCUCUAUCAAGGGUUAGAAGGAGCAUAAGAGAAAAAGAGCUUGAAGCUUUAUUGUCGGGAGAGCAUGAUUCUUGCUCUUGUUACAUUGAGGUUCAAGCUGGUGCUGGUGGUACUGAGAGCAAUGACUGGGCUUCGAUGGUCAUGCAGAUGUAUAAAUUAUGGGCUCAGCGUCGAGGAUAUGGAGUUACUGUAGUGGAUGAAAUGCCGGGUGAGAUUGCAGGAAUCAAGCGUGCAACAAUUAAAGUUGAAGGUGAACAUGCAUUUGGAUAUGCCAAAGCCGAAGUAGGGGUGCAUCGCUUAGUACGCAUAUCACCGUUUGAUAGUGCAAAGCGGAGACAUACUUCGUUUGCUGCUGUUGCUGUAAUACCUAUUCUAGGCGAUGGGUCUACACGAGUUAAAAUUGAUGAAUCUGACCUUCGGAUUGAGCGAUUUCGAGCAGGAGGAGCCGGUGGUCAGCACGUGAAUACAACUGAGAGUGCUGUGAGGAUUACUCAUAUCCCUACAGGAAUUACUGCUUCUUGUCAAAAUGAAAGGUCACAGCAUCAGAACAAGUCUUCUGCCAUGGCUGUGCUUCAAUCUCGGUUGGACCAGCUUGAGAUGGCUCGCCAAGCUGAGAUGAAUGCACAACACACGCAAUCCCUCACUGACAUUAGCUGGGGCAACCAAAUUCGUACAUACGUACUCCAACCAUACCGCAUGGUUAAAGAUCUUCGAACUAAUUAUGAGGUUUCAGAUCCCGAUUCUGUUCUUGACGGGGAUAUUGAUGACUUUAUCUUGAACUACCUGUCAGUAUCCUUUGACAAUGAUGGCAAAUAACUUCUCUAACUGAAUCACCGGGAAACCUUACCAAUAGACAGCAUAGUUGAUUGAAUGGACGAUAAAAUUACCAUCAGAACAACAUAUUUCUUCAAUCUUUCUUCUGGUAUUUGAGAUGUUGUAUAUAAUUAUGUUGAAAAUGAUGCCACCAGUCACACUGCAUUUGUUUUAGUUCAUAGGAGAUAGGUAAUAUACUUGAUUGGAGUUUUGGUCUUUUGAGCAGGUAUUGCCAAUUCUGCAAUAAGCUUGGUAAAAGUUACUAUAGAGAGUUCAGUUGCCUCCAUUAUUGUAUUCACCAACUUAAUUUAUCUGACUUUUGUUUUGGACAAUUAAAUUAAAUUUCAAAAAAAUAAACAUUUGGAUUUUGUGA